CGGAAACGACCGCGGAAGCGACCCCGGAGCGCGGACGCCGUGCACGCCGGCAUGAAGCCCCCGCAGCGGCGGCGAGCGGCCCCGGCUCGCUAUCUGGGCGAGCUGAGCGGCCCCGCGGCCUGGAGCGCCCGAGAGAAGCGGCAGCUGCUGCGACUCCUGCACGCGCGGCGGGGCCAGCCGGAGCCGGACGCGGCCGAGCUGGCCCGGGAGCUGCCGGGCCGGAGCGAGGCCGAGGUCCGGGACUUCCUCCGGCAUCUUAAGGGCUGCGUGGCCCGGGAAGCCAUUCAGAAAGUAUAUCCAGGGCGCCAGGAAACGCAGACUCCGGCCCCCAUCGAGGUAUGGCUGGAUCUGGUCGAGAAGAUGACAGGCCCGCUGGAGGAAGCCCUCAUGGUAGCCUUCUCACAGGUGCUCACCAUCGCUGCCACAGAGCCCAUCAGCCUUCUGCACUCCAUACCCCCCAAGCCAACAAAGGCACGUGGACGGCCGGUGGUUGUCAGCACUCCUGCAGGACAAGAGGACCCCGCCCCAGAGGUGCCUGGCCCCACCCCUAGCAUCCCUGACCCUGCCCCAAAGAUACAUGGCCCCGCCCCAGAGAGGCCUGGCCCCGCCCCUAGCAUCCCUGGCCCCGCCCCAGAGGUGCCUGGCCCCACCCCUCCUGAUCCUCUGGCGCCCCCUGGAGACUUCACUGUGGAUUUUGAGAAGAUCUAUAAGUACCUGUCGUCCCUGUCACGCAGUGGCCAUGGGCCCGAGCUCUCGGCAGCCGAGUCCGCGGUGGUCCUUGACCUGCUCCUGGCCCUCCGCGAGGAACUGCAGCACCUGCCCUGCGGCGCCCUGGUCCAGCACCUCUCAGACAAGUAUCAGCACCUGACAGCCCCCCAGCCCGACCCUGCCAGCGCGGGGUCGCCUCCCCAGGUGACAGAUACGAGGACAGAUCCCAGGGAGCAGCAGGCCAGCCCGACCCCCUCCCCUCCCGACCCCCCUGGGAGCACCGAGCCCAGAGACUCGCGAUCACCCUGGCAGGUGUCCGGCGUCUGCCCCCUAAACCCAUUCCUGGUGCCCCUGGAGCUCCUGGGCCGGGCCGCCAGCCCUCCACGGUGAGGGGUGCGGGGCCAAAGGACACCCUCCACUUGUGAGUCCCUAGAGGCUCGGUCCUGCUCAGGCUGGCA